AUGGUAGGGGUUCAUUUUUUGCUUUUCCCUGGUUCAGUUGUUGCUCUAGGUGUUGUCCAGAUUGGAGAUGUACUUAAGCAGAAUGAUCUUUCUGGCUCCUUGGUGGCUGAUUCAGCUUUGGUUCCAGCUCUUCUGACCCAGAAGACCAGAAAAUCUGGACCUAAGCAUUUUUCCAUGGGUGAAGUGGGACCAAAUCAGUCUGAAGAGGAUAAUGCUCUCAGAGAAAGAUUAAAGUUCCAGGAAGUUGAAAUUGCUCGCCUUUCUGAAUUACACGAAGAACUUCAGGCAAAGACUCAAGAGUGUGAGCAACUGAAGAAGCAGAUUGGUGACGUUUCAAGCAUUAGAAACGCCCAGGUACCUUUGAACUUGGGCAGAGCAAAUAAUCCCACUAAUGUGAAGUCCAAAGCCAAGAAGGCAGAUGUUGUUUUGCUGUCUUCAGGAACAGAAGACGACGAGGAAGAGGAGGAGGAGGAGGAGGAGGUGGAAUAUAUUACAGAAGAAGAAGCUGUUGAUGAAGAUAAAAAGGAUGAUCCAGAUUGGUGCAAAACACCGCUCUUUAAAAAAAUCAAACAGAUAACACAAGGCAUAAGGACUUCACGGGAGAAUGGUGAAAAUGAUGAAGAAAGUGCUGGAAAGAAGACCAGAAGAACUCUUUUGAAGCGCGACUCAAACGGGGACACAAAAUGUGGAUGCAAAGGAGAUUGUUCCAAAAAAAUGUGUGCCUGUCGUAAGAAUGCAACUACUUGUAGCAUGAAGUGUAAAUGUUUACUUUUGAAGUGCAAGAACAGAAAUACGCCAAAUUCAAGCAUAUCAGAUGUCAGCAAAAGUGAUACUCUGCUAAAUUCAACAUUUGACAUCACAGCUCUCCCUCUCCAGGAAAGGAAUAUUAACAAGAGACAAAGAUUAGUCACUGCAUCUCUUUUGGACAGUUUUGGGACAUCUGGAUCAGAAAAUGUCUCCCCCAAAAGUGGUUUUUCAGCAGUCAAGACCACAUUAGAUUUUGUGGAAUCUCCUAACAUGUUUUAAAGAAAGAAAAAUGUUAUAUUGUAUAUUUGAAUUUAUAAGGAUUCGUAGGUUUGUGUUUAAACUUCUUCACUGUUACUAUUUUUUAAACGUAGCAUUGAUCACCAAACAUCAUUACUCCAUUCCCACUUUCAAAUGGUUGAGAAGCAUGUGCACAGAGAAGAUAGGAGAGCAAUACUAUGAAUCAGAAGGCUAGAGAUAUGUGCAUUGAAAAAUGACACAUUUGCUCAGCAUACCAUACUGGAGUGCAUCAGAGAAUCGGCACCACCACAUGGCAGCAAAUCAUUCACAGCAACAUUUAGCCUCUACAUAAAACAAGGUGUUAGGUUCAUGUGUUGUGUACAAAUGUGUCAAGCAAGCCUUGUUUCCUGCCACUCUUGCUGCUCUGUUAUCAUCAUCACACCUCCCAACACUCCACCCAUCUUUGUACUCUUCCUUUUCUUAGGUCCUCACAUUAACUUGUAUUAUAUGUUCUUUGCUACACAAUCCUUUUGUUCAGCAUGACUAAACCAUCUUUGCACACAUUCAUCACUCGUACUAUUGUAACAAAUCUACCAGUUAUAGCUAGUUCUCCCAGGUGUAACAAAAGCCUGGAGCUGCCAAGUGCUACACUAGGGGAUACACAAGCUGUUACAUUAAAAAAACAACUGGUGAGUACUGCUCUGAAGCACUCUCCCAUAAUUCCUAUAGAAAGACUGUUCUCUCUCUGCUCUUGCAGAACUAUAAUUGGGUAGCAGCCUCAAUCAGGGUGUGGUAAAAUCACAGCCAAUUGUCAGAUGCAUACAUUGUUGCUGGUUGGUAUUAGAACCUUGUUCAAACCAAACUCAUCCCCAAGGAUACCAGGAAGGAGUAAUGAUAGCUUUAGAAAGUUUAACAACAUUUACAGAAAUAGCAAUAAUGAACUGCAAUAUUCAAAAUAAAAAAAUUAAUCUCGAUAUUGACUGAACUAUGAGGUCUACUUUAAUAUGAAUUUUCCCUGACUUCCGACCUGUUUCUGGUAGCCUGGUACAUGAAGUUUGUACACAAGUUUUUUUUACUGAAGUUCCAUUCUUAGUGAGUCACUCAAAAGCCUUUUCUCAGGCAGUACAUAACUUCAUCAUGCACACAUUAAAUAUCUCUAAUAUUACACAUCAUCAAAAUCAUACAGAUCAAUGGAAGAUUAAAACACAGCCUGGUCUCAAAAUUUACCAUCCACUCGCUGGACAAAUAUAUAUACUGUACCUAUAAAUGAAUCUCAUUUCUAGACAAAUAUAUUUGCACACAAUUGACAUAAUGAAAUAACUUUUGAUCUAACCCACAUAUAAUGCUAUACAUAAAUAUGUACAUUAAAUGAAAAAAUUCACGCAAGGUUUCUUGGAUUAGUUGGCUAUAAACUAGUGCCUUGUUAAGCUACACAUGAUUAAAUUAUGUUUAUCACUCCAAAUCUAAUGUGCCACUACCACAAUAAUAAAAUCACAUUUGUACCAAGUCAGUCUUUUAAGUGUCGGGCUGUUAAUUCCUGGCACCCGUUCUCAUCACUGGCCCACGGAUCUCUCUGCCAACUUCUGCCACGGUUGCACUGUGUCCUCUCAUGUACUAUAUGCCUGUGAAUCUCUACCGAGAUAACCACCAUGUUCAAGGACUAAUUGUAAAAUGCUAAUUUGAAAUAGUUAGCAUUGAAUCACUGUUGCUGUCUGUUAUUCAAUAUGUGCCAGCUCUCACCUGGCUGCUUGGGACUUCCAACACUGGCCCCAACUGAUACUUUAAUGGGCUGAUCCUCACAGUCCCCCUCCCCCCCCCCAAUUUCUGCUACACUAAAUAUAGGUUAGUUCAUGACAUAUUUAGGUUAUAUUUCAAUUAUUUGCUGCUUCUGGUUCAGUCCUGACGAGCAUCAGGUUGACGAUAUUCCUCCUGCAGUAGUGGAGCGACAGUUGACAAUGUGGUCACUUUAUAAUUCUAGCGUGAAAUGAAAUGAGCUGCCUCGACCAAUCUGUGCACUUUUCUUGCAAGACAUCACUGUUUUGCUUUGUGCUGAUAGGUACUCAGACAACAUUGUCUUAACAAUCAUGACAACCUGGUGUCUUGAGCUUCUUAAAGCUGGUGCCAAAGCUGUCCUUGGCAGGAAAGUGUCCUCGUCUCCCUGAGUCUUCCUUACCACAUAAUUACCUCUUAAAAUUGCAAACACAUCCACACUUAUAUUGCCUAAUUUUAUUUAAAAUAUUCCAGCACAAAUGAUUAACAAAUCAAUGGCUAUUGAACAGGAACAACUCUUGCACAGGAGAGACAAGACACUGUCAUUGUCUGUACCUCCUACUCCUCCAUCUGGAAUCUUGAUCUUGGUUUACAGACUUCACUCUAUGUAUGUUCUGUGGCGUAUUCAUUCCUUUUUCAGUCUAGCCUAACACCACAUGUGUACCUCAAAUAUUCAAAUUCUCUUGCUCUAACUUAGAAUUUGUUUACAUACAUGCUUCAACAGUGUUUACACAAGUACAAUAAUGGUAAGCCCUAUCAUUUUCAUGAAAUAAUGCUGUAACUCUUCUUGUUCUUAGCUAAGGCUUUCAUUGUUUCAACCCCUUUCCUUCAGUGACUUGCUCUGCUUUCAUCGUACACAAGUUACUCUUGUCAGUUAAAAUACAUGAGGUGUAAUAGACAACUAUUUCUAGUCAUCUUUUUUAUCAUGAUCAUUUUCCUUCUCAUCACAUGUAUUUUAUGUCUUCCCUCUCACUUCAACAAAAUUUGCAACGAAUGUAAAUAAAUAUAUCUAAUCAUCAAUCUGUUAAAUGAAUUGCAUCAUAUACAUAAUCAGAUUCACUGUGGAUUAACAGGUAUACUUACAAGGCUGUUUCUUAUUUAUUAAUGUUUAUUUUAUUCAAUAUGCUUUAUGUACAAUAAUUCAUUUUUGCCACUGCAACUUUAUUUGAAUGUAGAUGUGAUAUUCAUGAAACCAAAUUCCAUGAAAGUGUACAGAUCUUUUUUUGUAUAUAUUUUGUAGGGCAUAUGUGUAUCUGCUUUGGUAUUUAAGUUUAUGGUUUUGUAGUGUAUUGUAAUGUAUUUUUAAGUUUUAUGGUUUUGUAAAGAUAAAAUUACAAAUUAGUUCCGUUAUCCAAUAUGGGAUAACUUUGUAACUGCACUGAUCUCUUGGAUUACCUAAUGUAACUUUCUUUUAACUUGGUGUACUUAAUUAAAUUAAUUAAAUUAC